AUGGGUGAAAAGGUUGAUCAUUCAAAGAAUUGUGGUGGUGGGCCAUACACUUAUGUGUUAUUUGGAAUGAACUAUCACAAAAUUGGUAGCUUAUUAUCGCCUCAAGGAGCCAAACCGGUCUAUUCACAGUUAUAUAUUUAUGACACAGAUAAUGAAAUAUCAAAUCGAAUCUCUGCUGUAAGCAAGCAUGUGAAGGAAUCUACAAUUGAUCCUGCAAUAGUUGAUCAGAUAAAGAAGGUUCUUGAUGAUGUUAAUCCAUUUGUCAAGCAAUACCGUUUGGCAUCAUCAAUGAUAAAUAGUAAGCAACACACUAAGCUGAAGUUACGUUUAAUUAGUAAUAGACUUCAAGAUGGUCGCAAUUAUAAUUUGCCUUGUGCAUUUGAGGUUACAGCCCUUAUAGUAGGUGAUAUUGAUAUGAACUUUAGUAGAAGGGAUGUGAUAAUUCAUGAACUCUCUGGAUCACCUCAACAUAUUAGUGAGUUGCAUGCAUCGUAUCUCCCACUCCAAUACCCUAUUUUGUUCCCUAGGGGGGAAGAUGGCUAUAGAGAUGAUGUCGCACAUCGUGAAGAGACUCUUAGUGUGACUAAGAAGAAGAAGAUGCUUAGCAUGAGAGAAUACUUUGCAUACAGACUGAUGUUUAGGGUGAAUGAGAUAUCAUCAAUAUUACAUGCAGGAAAAUUGUUUCAACAGUUCAUAGUUGAUGACUAUACAAUGAUUGAAUCUCAACGGUUGUUAUGGGUUAGAACGCACCAGCAAGAAUUAAGGGCUGACUUAUACCAAGGUCUAACAGAUGCUUUAAUGAGCGGUGAAAGAAAUGGGGCAUUCGUUGGCAAGCGUGUUAUAUUGCCUUCUUCAUUUACAGGGGAUGUUUAUACUGUAGAGUUUCAAAAAAGAGGGCUACCACAUGCACAUAUUCUAUUAUUCCUUGAUAAACAGGAUCAACUUAAAGAUGCAAAUAGUGUGGAUAAAGUCAUAUCCGCAGAGAUUCCUGAUAGGCAGGUGAAUCAUACUCUAUACGAGUUGGUGAAGAGGUUCAUGAUACAUGGUCCAUGUGGUCGUUUGAAUACGAAGUCACCAUGUAUGAAAGAUAAUAAAAGUAGCAAGUAUUAUCCAAAGAAGUUUGUUGAUCAUACGACAAUUGAUGAUGAUGGGUAUCCUACAUAUAGAAGACGAGAUGAUGGACAGACUGUAGAAAUAAAAGGUAUAUCAUUAGAUAAUCGAUUUGUUGUGCCCUACAACCCUAUAUUGCUUUGUAAGUUUCAAGCUCAUAUCAAUAUUGAGAAGUGUAAUCAGUCUUCUGCAAUUAAGUACUUAUUUAAGUAUAUCAGUAAGGGUAAUGAUAGGGUAGUUGCUUCUAUUUAUGAUACUAGUCAUGAUGGGAAUGGAGAUAGAUCAGCUGAUGAGGUCUGUCAAUAUUACAACUUUAGAUACAUAUCUGCAUGUGAAGCAGCGUGGCGAAUUUUUGCAUUUGACAUCCAUCAUAGAUAUCCUGCUGUUGAGAGGUUAAGUUUUCAUCUUCCCAAUCAACAAUAUGUUGUAUACUCUAAUGACGAUGAUCUUGCUGAGUUGGUCAAUAAGCCUAGAGUCUAUGAGUCAAUGUUUCUUGCAUGGAUGCAAGAGAAUGUUAAGGAUACAUUUGCUAGAACAUUAACGUACUCAGAAUUUCCUCAGCAUUAUGUUUAUCAAAGAACUAAGCGAGUAUGGAAACGUAGAGAGAAAGGAUUUUCAAUUGGGAGGAUAACUUACACUCCGCCUUCAUCUGGUGAACUGUAUUAUCUUCGGAUUCUUUUAACAAAGGUUAAAGGCCCUAUGUCUUAUGAAGAUAUAAGGACAGUCAAUGGAAUUGUUUACCCAACUUACAGAUCAGCAUGUUAUACUCUUGGGUUGCUAGAUGAUGAUAAUGAAUACAUAAGCGACAUCAAAGAAGCAUCAUUGUGGGCCUCUGGUGUAUCAUUAAGGAAAAUGUUUGUUAGCAUGCUUCUUUCUUCAUCCUUAAGUCGGCCUGAUUAUGUUUGGGAUGAGACUUCAAAACAAUUGUCAGAGGAUAUGUUAUACAUACCGCGUAGUGAUCCUAUGUCAUCAAGUGUGAUCAUAUCUGAUAGUGAUAAAGUAGUAGCAGCAUUGAAAGAAAUUGAAGUCUUGCUACAACAAAAUGGGAAGAGUUUAUUAGAUUUCCCAUCACUACCUUAUCCCCCAUCAAGUCUUACAAUUGAUGUUAGAAAUCACCUGAUUUUACAAGAAUUAAAUUAUGAUCGUGUUGCUCUACAAGGAGAGGCAGAAAGAUUGACAGCUACUUUGAAUGAAGAACAGAGAAGCAUCUUUAACACUGUUAUGUCAUCAUUGAAUGCUUCAACAGGUGCUUGUUUCUUUGUGUAUGGUUACGGAGGCACAGGGAAGACAUUUUUGUGGAAUGCAUUAACAUGCACACUUCGUGCUCAGGCUGAUAUUGUUCUAACAGUAGCCUCAAGUGGAAUAGCUAUUACACUAUUGCCUGCUGGGAGGACUGCUCACUUAAGAUUUGCCAUCCCAAUACAAGUAAAUGAAGACUCUGUUUGCAACAUAAAGCAUAAUUCUUCAUUGGGCAAUUUGAUUAAAUCAACUAAAUUGAUCAUUUGGGAUGAAGCUCCUAUGGUUCAGCGUUUUUGUGUUGAGGUAUUUGAUCGAUCGUUGAAGGAUAUUAUGCAUUCUGAUGCUCCGUUUGGUGGUAAAUGUGUUUUGAUGGGAGGGGAUUUUCGUCAAAUACUCCCUGUCAUCCCUAAAGGUACAAGAGCUGAUAUUGUAAAUGCAUGUAUUAGUUCAUCCUACUUGUGGGAUUAUUGCACUAUUUUCCAAUUGACAAGGAACAUGCGUCUUUGUUCAUAUGCAUCUGAUGAAGACUGUUGCCGUUUACAAAGUUUUUCACAAUGGCUUCUAGAUAUUGGUGACGGUAAUCUAGGUAUGCCACAUGAUGGAGUAGCAGAAAUUGAGAUUCCUUCAGAUAUUUUGAUUAAGGAUUAUGAAGAUCCAAUUAGUGCUAUUGUGUCUUCCACAUAUCCAAAUCUUUUAAAAAACUUGGAUGAUAGUUCAUACUUUAAUGAUAGGGCCAUAUUAGCACCAACUAUUGAGGCUGCUAACCAUGUUAAUGAAUACAUGUGUUCUUUGCUUCCAGGGGAGCCUGUUGAUUAUUUUAGUUGUGACUCAGUUUGCAAAUCAUUCUAG